UGUUUUUACACUUGAAAAGCAAAGAGAGAAUUGAAUGGGGACGGGUUUUUUUAAAUACGCACUGCACACUAAAUAUCUGAAUGAUUAUACACCAUUUCGGUAUUGCGUUUCUCUUCUAAUGACAGAUAAACGUGCGUUCCGCGUGUAUUUCAAUAUGAGCACAUGACGCGGAAGUAGCUGUUGAUAAUCAUAAACAUCCUCAUGACAGACUUCAGCCGCACUUCAUUGAAUCUCCCGUCAAAACAUGCAAACGCACAAUCUUCUGUGCAUAAUCUCCUUCGUUCUCGGAUGUUCGGCUCAGUUUUAUGUUAUAGAUGAUCGGAUUGGUCUAGGGCGGGAGUUUGAUGGAAUAGGAGGCUUAAGUGGAGGAGGAGCCACUUCACGACUUCUUGUUAAUUAUGAAGAACCCUAUCGGACUCAGAUAUUGGAUUACUUAUUCAAGCCCAACUUUGGAGCUUCACUUCACAUCCUUAAGGUGGAAAUAGGAGGUGAUGCUCAAACCACAGAUGGCACAGAACCCUCUCACAUGCACAGUAAGGAUGAGGGGAAUUUUUUCCGCGGGUACGAGUGGUGGCUUAUGAAGGAAGCCAAGAAAAGAAAUCCAAACAUUAAGCUGAUCGGUCUUCCCUGGGCAUUUCCAGGAUGGGUUGGAUAUGGAACCCAAUGGCCUUACUUUUUUCCAAAUGUUACGGCCAACUAUGUUAUUACAUGGGUCAUGGGAGCAAAGCAGCAUCAUAACCUUGACAUUGAUUAUAUCGGGAUUUGGAAUGAGAAAGCAUUUGAUCCAACAUACAUUAAGGUGCUGAGAGAUGUUUUGGACAGUGCUGGCUUCACGAACAUUGGCAUCAUUGCUGCAGAUGGAGACUGGUCUAUAGCAUCUGCCAUGCUGAAUGAUCCAUAUCUGAACGAUGCUGUCGAAGUCAUAGGUGUGCACUACCCAGGCACCAACACAGUAAAGGAAGCUCUGCUGACAGAGAGAAAGCUCUGGUCCUCUGAAGACUACAGCACCUACAAUGACGACAUCGGUGCCGGAUGUUGGGCUCGCAUUCUCAACCAGAACUACGUUAAUGGCAAAAUGACCUCGACUAUAUCCUGGAACGUAAUAGCAAGUUAUUACGAGAAUCUGUCAUUUGGUAGAGAUGGGCUGAUGACAGCGGAGGAACCCUGGAGUGGACAUUAUAUAGUGGAAUCUCCAAUAUGGAUGACUGCACACACUACUCAAUUCACACAGCCAGGCUGGUUUUAUCUGCAGACUGUGGGCAAACUCAACCAAGGAGGAAGUUAUGUGGCUUUGACAGACCGCAAAGGGAACUUAACAAUUAUUAUAGAAACUAUGACACACGAGCACUCUCAGUGCAUUCGUCCUCCAUUGCCACACUUUGACGUCUCUCCUCAGAUCGCCACAUUUGAGUUCAAAGGCUCCUUUGCACAUCUCACUGACCUCCAAGUGUGGUACUCAAAACUGGAUUUUAAGUCCGGAAAUGGUACACUGUUUAAGCAACUGAGGCCUAUUAGGGCCCAUGACGGCUUGUUAAGCUUAAAACUAGAUGUCGAUGAGGUCUUUACUAUUACAACGGUCACCACUGCACAAAGAGGCUUCUACCCAGAGCCCCCCAAAUCAUGUCCGUUCCCUAAAAAUUACACUGAUGACUUUACAAUAGAUAACCCUCCAUUCUCUGAGGCGCCGUACUUUGCUGAUCAAACCGGUGUGUUUGAGUACUUCAGAAACACUACAGAUAAUGGCUCCCAUGCCUUUACUCUACGGCAAGUGGUCACUGAGCGGCCAGUGGCCUGGGCUAAAGAUGCCGACCAAACCAUCAGCAUCAUAGGGGACUACGGCUGGUCAGACGUAAAUGUGUCAUGUGACGUCCUUAUUGAAACCCCCAAGACUGGGGGAGUGUUCCUGGCGGCCAGGGUCGAUCAAGGCGGAGAAUCAGUCCGACAAGCAAAAGGGGUCUUUUACUGGAUUUAUGCAAAUGGAACCUAUAGAGUGACAAAUGACAUAGGUGGAAAAAGAGUUCUUGCUGAAGGGCUGUCAGGAACAAAGGCAGGAGUAUGGUACACCUUAACUCUUAGUGUCAAGGGAUUUUUUGCCACAGGGUCACUGAACGGCUUUCCGUUGUGGAAAAAUGCUGCUGUUCUGGAGCCCAAGAAUGGCUGGGCUGCACUAGGAACUUUGUCUUUUGAAUAUGCACAGUUUGAUAAUUUUAAUGUGAUUGCAGGGUGAUUUGUACUUUGAUACCUCACAUUUGUGUUUACUUCAUUAUCACACUUUUUUCUGCUUUGAAUUCUUUGAAAGCGUCAGGUUGACUGAUCUGAGUUUCUGUUCGUUUUACUGCAAAAAUACUAUACUGUGAACGCGUUUCAUUUCGUUUCUUGGUGAUUUUACUUUUUUUCUUUUUUUUUUUUUUACUGGAAUAGUUGAUAUUUUGGGGUUUAUAAAUGAAGAACGUGAGAUGUUGAUCUUCAAAAAGGGAUAUUUAACUAGGAUGGUUGUCAAAGAUGGCGAUUAAUGACUUGAAUGAUUUAAAAUAUUUAUUCUUAAUAAGCAGAAUAAAUAAAUGAAGCACUUGAUAGUGUGCUAUGAAACAGGUUCACUUGAUGUGUAAAAUUAUAGAAAAAUAAUUUCAACACCAUACGUCUCUUAAAGGGGUGGUCCCCUACGAUAUCAUAUUUUAAACUUUAGUUGAUGUGUAAUGUAGUUGUGUGAACAUAAACAGCAUCUCUGAAUGUAAGACGCUCAAAGUUCAAUGCAAAGGGAGACCUGGCUUGUUACAGAGUUGGCUUAGCAAAGCCUACAAUGAACGAAUUUUGGGGACUACAAAAAAAACUUUCGGGCCUUGUGUGAUCACAAACGUACUUUUACCGCGCGCACACACUGUGCAGCUAAGGGACGUGGCCAGAGGCACUGUAAUGUUACAGCAGAGGGAGAAAAUGCCGUCCUGCUAUUUCCAAAGAGCUUCCUCUUUCUGUAUUUGGGCUUCCAAAGGACACGACACAAAGACAGAAGUGCUUACAGUUCAAUAUUAAUUAUGUUCCAGAGAAUUAUAAAAUACAUAGCAAGCAUGAUUUGACAAAACACAGCUUCCAGAAUCUCUCCCCGUUCAGUGCUGGAUUCGGUUAAAAUCUCCUCAAAGUAGGAGCAGCUCUGAGCCACAACCUGUAAGUGUUUUAUUUGUUAAAAUUGAUCAUGACAUGUACAGUGUCUAGCCUUAACGGUAUGUUGUAGCAAGGAUGUAAACCAUGGGAAAUGCUGUUUGGCACCGCUAACGAUUUAGCUACAAAUUCAUAUUUAUCAGUCAAACCGCUGUAAACACACACACACACAGACAGAAAAAUCAAUUAAGGCUCACACAGGUCGCAUCCCACGUCUUGUGCUUUAUUCUUCUGUCAACAGCGUCACUGUGUAUUACAGAACAAUAACUUAAUCCGAGCAGCAGAGAAAAAGAAAAAUAAACAUCGGUCCAGCGCACAUGCGCUUCUCGUGUUACACGUGUCUACAGACAGUUCACACACAAACACACACACAGACACACAGACACACACAAUGGCGAUCUCUCUUAAAGGAGCCACACCCCAUUUUCACUCGUUACAGACACUUGUUAGGUUUUAUUUUAGAGAGCGAGCAGGAGGUUGACUGACUGUUUAUACAAAACGCGCGUGCUUGUAUAGCCGUGAAGUGGAGCCGAUCCAGAAUCGCAGCACAUUAUGACAGAUGACCAAUCAGAGUCACUUGAGGGCGGGCCUUUCAGGGGAACUAGGAAAUAUUUUAGUCAUUUUCAUGUUAACUGCGUAGCUGUAUAUAAUCAAAGUAAGAUUUAUGAAAAAAUAAUGUCAUUUCCUUCAAGUGAAACAUAAGCACACAUUGCUUUGCAUCUUAUAAACACAACCACGCCUUAAAAUUACAUUCUGGACCAUUCUGGAUAUACUCAGGUUAUUGCACAUAAUUUAAAAUAAAUAAAACUCUUUUAUCACAAAUGAACGUUUACUAUGUCACAAGGCUACCAUGCUGAGCUCACCUAGUAUGUGUGAAAUAAUUGCUAUUGCAUUAAUUAUUUUGGCCAUCAUUCCCAGUGAUGGGUUGCAGCUGGAAGGGCAUCUGCUGUGUAAAGCAUAUGCUGGAUAAGUUGGUGGUUCCUUCCUCUGGGGACCCCUGAUGAAUGAAGGGACUAAGCUGAAGGAAAAUGAAUGAAUUUUGGCCAUCAGACAAAACGAAUGUACAUGUUUAAUUAUAUUUUAAUAAAAAUAUUGUU